UGUUACAUUAGCUAUUGCAAAACUAUUCUAAGUGGGUCUAGGAUUUCUAAUCUUUCUUUAAUCGUGCAAGAACAGAAUAUACUAUUCUUAACAUGGCAGAAUAACUGAAUCUGAUUCUUGUUUUAAAUAUUUACCGUUAGUUCUACAAAAAAAAUCGGCGAAUAUUAAUUAACUAGAGGUUUUAUUUAUUAUUUAAAGUGCUGCGGUAUAGGGAAACAUAAGAAAUGACGGCAACGAGCGAGGGUGGUCAGCCCCGGCGGUCAAAGGGGUUCACUAUAGAUUCAAUCAUUGGAACGGACAGUGAGAGACAGACGGACAAACGUCCAAAAACACCAGACUCCGUGAACGACUGUAGAAGUUCAAAACUGGCAAAAGUGACACAUUGUAAGAGUGAUUUUAACGGUGAAAUAGAACAUAAUAAUUUAGAAAAAGAUCGUCAUGAAAACAUACAUUCACGGAAACAGUUACCACAUGAACUAAUGUCACCGAAACAUUCUCCAGGACACAGUGAUUUAGACAGUGCUAUUCUCCAUCGGACUUCUACUUCAUUACACAGAGACUCUCUAAGAGAUUUCAAUCUAUCUAGUGCUAAUAUUAGAGAGGGUGUUCGGACAGUGUCCUCGCCCGAGGCUUUAAGACAGCUCCAUGAAAAUUUAAUUCAUAGUACGGGUGUAAGCCCCAGCAGUGCAGUGCAUCUGGGUCACAUAGACGCUCAUAGACAAUUUAGGCAUCCACUAGCGUCUGUGAAUAUGGGAGGAUAUCCCCCACAGAUGCCUGUCGGGCCUCAAGUGCAUCCCAUGUUACUAAAUGGGGGUCGGGACCUUAGACAUAUGUACCCCUAUAUAGCAGACAGAUACCCCGGAUGUUUCCUGCCGCGGUAUGGAAUGGGAGGGAUGCCCGGCCUAUUUUUCCAACCAUACAGAAAGCCUAAGCGUAUAAGAACGGCGUUUUCUCCCAGUCAGCUUCUGCAAUUAGAGAAAUCAUUUGAGAAGAGCCACUAUGUUGUGGGUCAAGAAAGGAAAGAUCUGGCCAAUGAACUACAGCUUACAGAAACACAGGUGAAGGUAUGGUUUCAAAACAGAAGAACAAAAUACAAAAGGACAAAAUCCGAACAGGAAGGAGGAACUUCAGGUGAAGGUCACGAUGGACGCUAUGACGAUUCUAAAUCUGAAAGUGAUAUAAGUGACGUGGAUGAUAUUGAUGACGUAGGCGAUGAAUAUAGUGCGCAUGCGUAUCAUCAUAUGAUACAAACGUGCUAAACGUAAAAGAAGGGGGAUACUUCAUAAUGUGCAAUUUUUUGUGAUUAUUUUAUUCUAUCUGUAUCGUUUUUACAACAUUACUUUGUUAAUGAUUCUUUGGAGAAUGGUUUUGUUGGAGACCGUACAUGUAGUUGAGUAGUUGUUAAAUACUGCUUAAGAGCACAUCUCAAAUACUGAAAUAUCAGGAGUUAGAUAUGCGUUAGACAGUGGCAAUCAGGCAUAUCUUGAAACAGGAAGACGAUAGGGCCAUCUAACUAACAUAUAUGGUGGUAUUUGUUCAGCGCUUUUUGAAAAUGUUCAGGUUUUUUUGGCUACAGUAUACCGGAUUGCGCUCUUUUAUUAAUAAGUCAACAGGUAACACAGUUAAGUUGGCAUUCAAACCAUCAAACUUGUAUCAACCCUCAUAAGCUCCAUUCCAUUUUCUGACAUACUAUAUGUUUGCAAUAAGAAUCUACGGGUGAGUGAAAUUGAAGAAAACAUAUUUUGUCUUUAGUUCUCAUUAUAACAUUGUUAAUAAAUAUCACGUUUAAGGUGAUGCCACCUUCGCUUUAAUGUACGAAUGUCUUAUAAUUUCUAUGUAUUAAAGUGCUUUCCUUAGAAUUUAUUUGAGAAAAGUAAAUAAAUAUGACAUUUAUUACA